AUGGAUCCGCCUCGGCCAAAGGCAACUCAGACCAAUUUUGCGUAUCCUAACUACAGGCAACCACAACCGAUCCCGGAAUACGCCCAACCCUCUCAAUAUCAACAAUACCAGCAAUACGAGCAAUACCAAGAUUAUCCUCCUCACCCGUCCGUGCGAGUACCACCCAAUGUCAAGCUCAAUGCGAGGCAAGUCCCUGCUGGUGUUGGCGUGGCGCCACCGCCAGUGAGGUAUGAUGGCCAACAACGUCAACCACAGAGGCCUGCAGGGAGUGGCAUGCUCAUCCAAGACUUCCGAUUUCCUGUGGCGCCUCCUAUACCUGCUUCUCGGUCGGGCAGAGCCAGGCAAGAUCCAUCACAAUCCCCCGGUCGCAAGUACAACAUGCACGAGUCCUACAUGUCGUCGGUAGUGGGCGAUUCAACCAGCGCCGGGACAACUCCGGCCUCCAGAUCACGAGGGUUUCCGACUCCAAGAGCGUAUUCCGGCUCGAUCUAUGCGGAGAGUGAAGUUCUUGGGCAUGAAGAGCGCUUUGAGCACAGCCCCCAGACCAGUCCACCAAGUUCUCCGGAACAGUCUCCACAAAUCGUGCGCCAGGCCAGUCUUGGGAAACGAGCGAAGCCUGCGAUGACCACGAUCAAGAAUCGAACCAGUCAACUGGAACGAGAGAUACCAGAACAACCACCAACGCCAGUACAGACAAGCAGAACUGCGACCAUGAAUGCCCUCAGUGCGGCGGUGGCUGCUGGCAUCAACGUUCGAUCUCUUGAAGAUCGAUCCGGCACCCCGGGUUCACGCAGUUAUACGCCAGUGAGAAUGCCAUUCGACAGCUCUCCUCCAGCAUCGCCAUCUGUCGACCGAGAAUUUCUUCAGACCCCAAAGUCCCCCCAGACGAUAGCCUCUACCAACAUGCUGGAGCAAUUACCAGGAUCAGGGCAUUCUCACAAAUCGACCAAGUCUCUCCUUGGAUUAGGCAUUGAGCAAUCAUCAAUGAGCAACAGGAUCCCUGCCAGUCGACGGCCUCCCAAGCUAGACAUGGAUGCUGUACGAGAGGCUGAAAACCGAGGCAGUACAACCAGCCUGGCAGACCUGAUCAAACGUGCAACUCGUCUGGCCGCCAAUCUGGAUAGAGGCAAGACUGCAAGUCGACUAGGUAUGUUGGACAUGUUUGGCAGUAGCGACAGACUGGAUGGUGCCAACCGUCAUUCCACCAUGUCGGAUAUGAUUUCAGCUUUCCCGGCCCCUGCAGUUGGAGGGACUCCCACAACCCGACGAGACACACAAUGGCCGCUCGGCGAAAAGGGCGAUGCUUAUGCCUCGACCACCGAUCUGUCCAAAUCUCAGCAGCCUCGGAAACAGAGACGAAGAUGCUGUGGCCUGUCGCUGCCCGUGUUGUUUGCCCUCAUCGUGGUCAUCAUCAUUCUCAUUGCCGCUGCGGUUUUGAUCCCUAUCUUCCUAGUUCUUGUGCCCAAACAGCACCAUAGCAGUACCGGCGUCGGGGCUUGUGCUACCAGCCAUCCCUGUCGCAAUGGCGGCAGUACCCUUCUCAAUGGCGACACCUGUGCUUGCGUCUGCUCGAACGGCUUCACCGGAAGUCAGUGCGAGACGUCUGGUAAUACAGAAGACUGUGUGACCAAGACACUAAAAGACGGCUCGACCGAGUACCACAAUGCAACGCUCGGCCGGUCCAUAUUAACACCUCUUUCGGAUGGGGAGACCCAAUUCGAUAUACCCCUCAACAUAUCGACGGUUCUCUCAGUCUUUUCUACGAACAAUCUUUCAUGCACGGGCGAAAAUUCUCUCGUUGAUUUCAACUCGAGCGGCGUCAGCCAAGGCACGGAGAGGAGGAUGAAACGGUUCAUUAUUCUGCCCGGGCUUGAGCCCACUCUGAACGAUCGGCUUCCAGUGAUUCAUCGAAAGCCUGAUCUAUCCGAAGUCACCAGGCGAGCGUCGCCGGAUAGAGAUGUACCUCUGAGGCGCAGACAGGAUGCCGCAACAGUUGGCACAUCCAAUGGAAUCGUCUUCCAAGCCACGUCCGCGACUGUGGGACCUGUCUCAAGCCCCAGCGCCUCAAUCGGCACAAGUAUCGCCACUGUAACGAGCGUGAGUGGAAUUGCUGGCUCGGAUGCUUCGGCGACAGGAUCGAGCGCUGCCUCAGCAUCCACAAGCCCAGCGGGAAGCGGUAGUGAUUCCAAUGCGAAAGCGUCAGCGACUGUAACCGACGAAGAGCUCGAGUUUGCCAGAGUCGUGGUUCUGUAUGUUUUGCAAGAAUCCCGUACUAUAAGUGUGGCUAUCCAUGCGCAGCAACAGAUGGAAGGAUUCUUUGCCUCGCAGGCCAAGGGCAGCUCCAACUCCACGGUUGACGUCGGCUCUGGCAAUCUCCAUCUCACGGCGAACUUUGACGCAUUCAGUAUCACAAAAGGUGACGGAGAGGUUGUAGGCAGCAAACAAAGCUAG